UGUCCCCCUCAUAAAUGGAGUGGUGCAAGCUGAUCUGAGUCACUGACUUCAUGAAUUAUUUGUUAUACCGGUUUUUAUCAGAUGGACUUGCCGUCCUUCUCGAAACAUUUUGACGAUGCAUCGGGUUUCUAUCAUCGUUCCCACUUUCAAUACGGGCCAAUAUCUCGCCGAUUGUGUUUCUUCGAUCCGCGAGAAUUCAGUCGGCGUUGAGGUCGAAGUGAUUAUCGUCGAUGAUGGCUCAACUGAUGGGACGACCAUACGUGUGAUAGGCGACUUGGACUCGGAGCCAGACCUCAAGAUCAUCCGUCAUGGAAACAAUCGUGGCGUCCAAGUCGCUCGCAAUACAGGCUUGAAAGCGGCGACUGGCGAUUUUGUUAUUUGUGUAGAUGGCGAUGACGUCCUACUUCCUACCCUGGGGCACGAAGGCUUUCUGUCAGAAGGAGCACGGAUUCUCUCAGAAAAUCACGACAUUGCAUUCGUACACACGCUGGCGAGCAUGUUUGGGGACUUUCACGGGUUGACCAUCUCCUCGUAUCCGCUACGCGAAGAAUUGGUUGCUCGGAAACACCACGUGCCCACCGCUAUUCUAUAUCGUCGCAGCGAAAUCUUAGACGGCUUGCAUUACAUGGAGACCGUACCCAAGUGGCAAGACUGGGCAUUCGGUGUCUCUUUGCUCGCGCGCAGAUGGAAGCGAAAUGAGCCCCUAGAAAUUGGGUUUGUGCGAGGCCCCGGGUAUGGCUACCGCAUUCAUUCCACAACGCCCCGGGUUUCGCGUGCUCAGGUCUCGGAAUAUGAGGCUACCAGAUUAGUGGUAGAAUGCUACCAAGAUUACUUUCUAUCGAGAUUCCCAAUCGUCGAAAACCAGAUUGACGCCCUGACUGCAGCUGUGGUGGCGGCAAAGCCCACUGCGCUCGAGGAUCUGCUACUUGUGGCGUCAUUCGACUUGGAGCAGGCGUUGAGCAUGGUUCGGGACCGCGAGUACCAGCUACAUUCAGCUUGUGUCGACCGGCUUGGCAUUCCCUGAAAUCAAUCCGCGAAAUGAGUCACAGAGAAGGAACAAAUGUAUUUUACCCACUAUGGCAAGAGGCAAAGUUGUUAACGACGGCACAACUCUAAUAGGUCAAAUUUAAGCAGGCUAAGCUGCUCGAAGAAGAAAUGAACAAGAUUUCAAGCCAGGACUGCAUCCCGAAAGACGUUACCUUUCGCAAUGGGCUAGUACAAGUUUAGAGUGUUACAACAUAUUUAUUCUAGGUGCCCUAUCUUUAGAACCCGUCAUGCUCGGAGCCCUUCGAAUCUACCUUCAUUCGAUCUAGCCUGGCUUCUGGACACAAUAUUUUGCUUUUUUGCACGUAAUUCUAGCAUAAUCUCUAAUUCCGACGAUAAGUCGUUGAUGUAGUUGAAAUCAAGAUUGCAUACUGCUCCAAACGCGUCUUAUGAGCCUCCCGA